GUUAUAUGAGGAUUCCAUUGCAAACGUGAAUCUAAGGUUAUUCCUAAAAAUACUGUUGAGUCAACACAUUGUAUUAUUUAUUCGUUGAUUUUAAUAGUUGUACUUUUAAAUAAUUUUAUUAGGAAAACACGAUUAUGCGUUUAGUUUUAUAAAAUAAGGAUAGUAUUAUUUAAUUAAUAUUACCUAUUAUUUUUGAGGGUUUUUUCUCAAUUUUUUCAUAAACAGAUUUUUGGUUCGGGUUUCGAAAACAGAAACAUCUUUAUUAUUUGGCAACCAGUUUCGAAAAAAGAAAUACAUUUCUGUUUUCGAAACUGGUUGCAUAAAAAGAAUCAUAAUGAUUUUCUCGAAACUGGUUUUGAAAACGGCCGAAGGGAAAAUUAAGUCUGAGAAUCGGAUGUAAUCUAUUUUUCAUCCCCCUAAAUGUUAAGUCAAAGUCAAAAUUUCUUUAUUCAUUUAGGUACAAUUUGCACACUUAUGAAAGUCAAAUUUGAUGCCAUCGGUUCAAGAGUCUACCAGAAGGCCUUGUCUGAGAAGAACCGGCAAGAAACUCAGCAAGUUUUGUCCUCCCUUUACACUAUCUAUUUUUAUUUAUUUGGAAAGAGUCAUAAUCCACAUCAGGUCUUUAAUAGUUUACUUAAUUUUAAAAGUAUAAAUAAAUAAAAGACCAGUAGUUACUACGAAAUAAAAGAAUAUAUGUAAAAGAUGUGAUCCAUGACGUCUUUCCUUACAAUAUUGUCAAUUUAGAAUAAUAAGUAUACGCUUAAUUAUAUCUUUCUGGAUUUCAGUGGAGAAUCGAGCACAUUCGAAUGUAUCCAAACCUUUUUAUCGUCUAAAUAUUGCUGAACUUUAUAAUGCCUAUGCCUUUUUCAUUAAAAUUUCCUUAACAUGAAGUUUAAAUUUAUGUAAUGGAAGUUCAGUUACAUUAAGUGGAAGUUUAUUAUAUAUUUGUAUACAUUUCCCCAUGAAUGAUUGACUAGUUUUAUGAAGUCUGAAAGUCGGAACAGCAAGUCUAUUUUUACCUCUUGUAUUGACAUUGUGAUAAUCACUAUUCUUUAAAAAGGUAUGCAAGUUUUUGUGGACAUACAUAAUGUUGUCAUAUACAUAUUGCGAGGGAACCGUCAAAAUAUUGAUGUCUUUAAAUAAUUCUCUCAGUGAAUCACGCGGUUUUAAUUUAUAAAUAGCGCGUACGGCUCUCUUUUGUAAUAUAAUAAAAUUAAGGUAAAAAAAACCUUUUUAAAAACAAGAUUUUAUUCAAAUGCGCUAAAAAGAAAAAAGUAAAUUUCAACUAAAUUAGUUAAAGAUAUCUGUUUUUAAAUAGAUUUUCAAAUUUUAGAAGUCCGCCAUAUUGGAUUGAGAGUGACGUCACAUUUUUUUCGAGUUACUCUCAGCAAGCCCUUUAAUUUGAUACCCAUAUUGUAGGAAUGCAUUAAAAAUGAUUGGUCCGCCAUUUUGGGUAUGCCGCCAUAUUGGAUUUAGAAUGACGUCACACUGUUAAUCAUGCAUUGUCAUCCGAAUUGAACGAGCAUACCAAAUUUCAGCUUAAUCGGUUGAGGGCAAGUGCUUUAAAAUUGAGUUGUAAGAUUUGACCGUAACAAACAUACAUAGCAAGUUAAAUAAGAGCUUGUAAAAAUAUCUUGAAUAUCAGCCGCUGUUCCCCAUAGUAACAUACCAUAUGACAUGACACUAUGGAAAUAACCGAAAUAUACAAGCCUUGCCGUCUCGACAUCCGACAGUAAUCUAAUUUUUUUUACAGCAAAAGCAGACGAGCCAAGUCUUCUUGAAAGGGUAGUUAUAUGAGGAUUCCAUUGCAAACGUGAAUCUAAGGUUAUUCCUAAAAAUACUGUUGAGUCAACACAUUGUAUUAUUUCUUCGUUGAUUUUAAUAGUUGUACUUUUAAAUAAUUUUAUUAGGAAAACACGAUUAUGCGUUUAGUUUUAUAAUUAGGUAGCUUAACGUUACAGAAUAAGGAUAAUAUUAUUUAAUUAAUAUUACCUAUUAUUUUUGAGGAUGAUCAACAAGUGUAUUUUCCUUUUAAAGAUUGCUCCGGGUAUAAUUGUAACCUCUGACAUUGUAAAAUCCAAGUUAUGUGUGUGUGCCACAAUCAAAAUGUAAACAGUAAAUGUUUUUGACUUUCUUACACAGCAACGCUUUAAAGUCAGUGGCCUAGAGUUUUUUAAAAUAUAACACAAAGUUUAUUAUUGUUACAGGGAAUUAGAAAAUGUGCAUAGCAAGAACUAGCUUUAUUAAUACAAAUAUAGUAGAUAGGUACUAAAGUCUGCAUUAGGAAUGUGUGCAUUUGUUUCUAUCAAUGUUAACAUUCUUUCUAUUUAUUUGGAAUAAAUUAAUACAUAUGAAUGUGUACGAAUAAUUGAUAUGAAACAUCUAUCACGACAGGACAGACGCAUGGCAACAGUCCAGAGCUUCUAAUUUGAAUUAUAAAUUCGUGGUCUCUAAGAGUUUCGUUGGUCUGGUCUGGAGGCAAAUCGCCUACGGGAUGCUAUGGCUAUCGCUAUCGCUUACCAAUAUAUUUUUCCCUUCGGCAAUUAGAAAUAACAAAACGAAAUCGUAAGCAAUAGCGAUAACCAUAGCAAUACCAUUAGGCGAUUGCUUCCCUGGUCGUCUAUGGUGCUAUAUAUAAAUAUAUUUAUAUCGAAGUCGGGCAAAUAUCGAUAUCCAAUAUAUCGACCACGCUUACGCGAUAUUUUCAGUAUUAUCGAUAUUUUAAGUAUUUUUUUUAGCUCUGUAAUAAGUGCGGAUGCAGUGUUUUUGCAAUAUUGAUUUAUAAUAAUAAAUCGAAGUCAGGCAAACAUCGAUAUCCAAUAUAUCGACCACAUCAACGCGAUUUUUAUCGAUAUUUUCGGUAAAACAAAACUUUUGCUUUGUAAUAAAUUGGCAAAACAAAGGCAAAGCAGGUACAUACCUACCUCUACCCAGAACCAUUAUUUUGCUCAAAAUUAACAUUUACAAACAAAAUAUAUACCAUUUUUUUCGUCUCUCAGUCAGUUAAAAAUUGACAACCCACUCAUAUCAAGUUCCCACCAAAAAGAACUCACUCACUAAGAUUGUAGUGUUCGCUUCGAAAUUAUUAACUAUUUUAAUGCUUAAGACCUUGCAAGUUUAAAACGUUAUAGAGACGGACGUAUAUUCGGACAGCGGAGUAUUAAUAAUAGGGUCCCGUUUUUACCCUUUGGGUAUGGAACAAUAAAAAGUACUUAUUAAUAAAGCCUUAUAUAAUAGUCUCAUUAUUUUCAGACAAAAACGCUCUGAUUUUAUCUGUUCCAAACAUAAAGUUCCGACAGGCUGUUUCGAUAACUAAAUUAAAACAACAUGAUUUUGUGUUGACACUGUAACUAUAUAAUGUUGUGAAGAUAUUUUUACACAAUUUAACGCUGUGUAGAUUUUUUCGCCUGUUUAUCUCCACAGCUAAAAAGUCCCCUUUAACUCAAUCAUACUUAAUCAUCCACGACCUACGGAAUGUUACAUACACUGUGGCUUAUAUAAUUUAUCUGCUUUUAAAUAUGUAUUUUACAUAUAUGAACACACACUUAUAAAUACGAAAAUAUUAAAGGUUAUGUUAUUAAAACUGUUAUAAAUGUCACUGGAUGUGCAUGGCUUGAUAGAGCAACCGGUUUUAAAUAAAUUAUUAAUUCGCAAUCAAGAACAGUUAAUGAGGAUGAACAAACCUCUAUUGUUUUUUUAUAUAGUGAUAUUCACUACGGGAUAUGCAAACUGCGCAGAUUUCUGCACUCUCCCGGACGGAGGUUAUGGUAAAUGCACCCCUGUCAGUGCAUGCCCGUCGGUGAUCAAGCUGAUGCCGAGCGCCAGAAGAAACCCUAAGAUUGCCAACUACUUGCGGAGUUUGCAAUGCGAAUCAAACAGCAACAUGGACGUGGUUAAAGUAUGCUGCUCGGAUUGCUUUACCCCAGAGGGUAAGCAAGGCACCUGUGUACACAUAAGACAAUGUCCAAGUUUAAUGAACCUGCUCCCUGCAAAGCUUGAUUAUGUACUGAAUUCCAACUGUCUUAGUAGCUCUGAAUUUGACGUGUGCUGUGGACCUCCUCCCGCUGCUCCCAGACGGGGUAACUGUCAAAGCCAGCUGACUGCCUUCCCUCCCGACCACGCAACUGAAUGCUGCGGCAUCGAAGCUAACGGUGCAAGCAGAAUUGUCGGCGGCACGUCAACAAAUAUAGACCAAUAUCCUUGGCUUGCGCUCUUAGAAUACAAGUUGAAUAACGAGAUACAGCUCCGCUGCGGAGGCUUUCUUAUAAGUAACAAAUACGUGUUGACUGCGGCUCACUGCACAUCAAAUGACACAAAACCUGUGAGUGUUCGGUUGGGGGAGUAUGACAUAACAAACCCUGGUGAAGACUGUGUGGAUGCGGCAGGCGGCGGUCAAGACUGCACCUCCCCAGCUGUCAGCAUUCCUAUAAAGGAAAUCAUAAAACAUCCUGAAUAUGGCAAAAAACUUCAGAGAAAUGAUAUUGCUCUGAUCAGACUAGACGGAGAGGCGAACUACACAGAUUUUGUUCGACCAAUUUGCCUACCAACAUCAGACGUGUCAACGUCGGCGCAGCUGUCUAAUUUAACAGUACAUGUGGCCGGUUGGGGUAAAAUGUCCGAGAACAUACAAAACAGCGCUUUGAAACAACAUGUCCAUGUACCAAUGGUAGAUAUGCAGAAUUGUCAAAAUGCGUAUAGCGCAAAAAUAAGCCCUACACCGCAGCUGUGGAGUAAGCAACUGUGCGCAGGCGGCAAGCGAGGCAAGGACUCGUGCAACGGCGACAGCGGCGGUCCCCUCAUGCUGGAGACUGAACGCGAGACAGGCCCCAAAGUGUUCACGGCAGAAGGCGUGGUUAGCUUCGGAGCACUCCAUUGCGGACUUGAGGGCGUACCAGGGGUUUAUACGAAAGUACACUCCUACAAUACCUGGAUUCGUCAAAGCAUUAGACCCUGAAGAGUCGACAUGUCGAUAAUGUCUUCUUAUACAUAUUGAUGACGAAUGUCCGACAAAAAAUAAUUAAAUUAUUUUUAAUCUCAUACAGUGUAUUAUUGAUAUUUACCAGAACCACGGUAAUAUUAUCUAUACAGUAUUC